AUGAACUCACUUAUUUCUCCAUACCUGAUUACAACUUUAUUUACUAUUGUAUACAACAUGCUUGUAAGGCCAAUAACAUUAAGCCGACGGACCCGCUGGACUGGGAUAUGGCGCAUGAAUUUGCGGGACCAAGUGGGCCACCAGGAGACGGAAAAAUGA